AUAUGUACUUAUUAGUGUUUGUUUUAUGUACAUAUGUACUUAUUACUGUUUGUAUUAUGUACUUAUUAGUAUAGGUUUUAUGUACAUAUGUACUUGUUAGUGUUUGUUUUAUGUACAUUUGAAUUUAUUAGUAUAUGUUUUAUGUACAUAUGUACUUAUUUUCUAAAGUACAUUUAAUGUGUUCACUUAAAGGUGCAGGUCAUUUUAUUGACUUUAAAUACUGCUGGUAGUUUAAUCUAUAAUAAUACAUCUUCUUUUAUUAGUUGAUCAAUAAUCUGAAUCUGUAGAGUAACUGAAACUUUAAAAUAAAUGCAUUGCAGUAAAAAGUACACUAUGACACCGAGAUGUAGUAGAUUAUAAGUAUAAAUUAGAAGAAAAGGGAAAUACUCACAUAAAGUACAAGUACCUCAAAAUGUUAUUUCAGUACAGUACACGAGUCCUUGUAUCAACGCAGACAGAUGAGUAAUAGUAAAAUCUUAAUAAUAGUCAAAUAUUUCAGUUAUACAAAUUUGAUUUUAACAUUCUACCUGAUGAGUACUUUUACUUUACUACUUCAGUACAUCUACCUGAUAAUACUUCUAUACCUUUACUUUGGUAACAAGGAGGUAAAAACGUUAAAAGAAAAAGUUCAUGUCAGGACUAAGAUGUAACCUUCUUCACAGUGUGAUGUCACAGCUGCUGUUUAUCUGAACUGGUUUGUCUUUCUGUUUCUUGAAAAGGUCACUGAAUGACCUCAUCACCAUAAACAAAGACUGAUCACAUAACUUCCAUGGAUGACAUCAUGAUGGCGUCCACCACCGAGGACCCAUCCUACAUCAGCCUCUCACCAACCACUGACGGUGACUACGACUACAAUGACUACCGCGACCUGUUCUGCGACCGCUCGUCAGUGCGAGAGUUCAGGAGUCGCUUCGAGCCGCCGUUCUUCUGGAUGAUUGCCGUGGUGGGCGGAGCCGGGAACCUGGCCGUGGUGUGGAUCUACCUGAACUUCCGGCGGCGUCUGAAGACCAUGACUGACGUGUACCUGCUGAACCUGGCGGUGGCCGACCUGCUGUUCCUCGUUACUCUGCCUCUGUGGGCGGCCGAGGCGUCGCACGGCUACUGGAGCUUUGGCUCCGUCCUCUGCAAGUUAAACUCCGCCCUCUACAAGGUCAACCUGUUCAGCAGCAUGCUGCUGCUCACCUGCAUCAGCGUCGACCGCUACGUGGUCAUCGUUCAGACCACCAAGGCACAGAACUCGCAGGCAGAACGCCGUCGCUGCACCCGGCUGGUGUGCCUGGGGGUGUGGCUGCUGGCCCUGCUGCUUGCCACACCCGAGCUCGUGUUCGCCACUACAUCCGAGCCGGACCAGCAGGAGUACUGCAGGAUGGUGUACCCGGCUCACCUGGGGAACCGCACCAAGAUCCUCGUGCUGUCACUGCAGGUGAGCAUGGGCUUCUGCCUGCCCUUCGUCGUCAUGGCCUUCUGCUACAGCGUCAUCAUCGCCAAGCUGCUGAAGACCCGCAACUUCCAGAAGCACAAGGCCAUGCGGGUCAUCCUGGCCGUAGUGGCAGCGUUCGUCGGGUCCCAGCUGCCUUACACUGGUGUGCUGGUGACGGAGGCCGUGCAGGCCUCCAAAAUGACCAUGACGGACUGCGAGGAACUGAAGCGCUUCAACAAGGCAGAGCAGAUGUUGAAGAGUCUGGCCUACAUGCACGCCUGCCUCAACCCGUUCCUCUAUGCCUUCGUGGGUGUGCGUUUCCGCCGUGACCUGCUGCAGCUGCUCCAGGUGGGCUGCUGCCGCCGCCAGCCGUCCAACAAGAGUCCGAUCAGUAAGUCCUGCAGGAGUCCGCUGGGCUUGACCAGAGCCUCCGUGAUGUCCGACAGCGACACCUCACAGGCGCUGUCGCUGUAGAGACGCUGACGACUUCCUGUUUGUGGACAGAUGACAUUCAUGAAGCCCUUAAAGGAACAGUGUGUAGCAUUCUGGGGGAUCUAUUGUCAGAAAUGGAAUAAAAUAUCACAAAGAAAGUUUUCUUAAUAGUAUAAUCACCUGAAAAUAAGAACCACUGUGUUUCCGUUAUGAUGAGUCGUUUAUCUCCACGUUAUGUUUCUACAGGAGCCCAGAACGGACAAACUAGACCUCCUACACUCACCACUAGAUGUCACCAGACGCUACACACUGGCCCUUUAAAUCUACUGAAUGUGUUCAAUAAGGGUUACAUUGUAACAUUGUUACAUUUUACUGGCUACAAACACACCAUUUCAUCUUAAGAUGUUGGUGUGUUUUCAGGGAAAUAAAAGGUUAUUUUUUGUGUCAGUGAAGUUUGUCAGCAGUCCAAACAGCUGAUCAAGAACAUUUAAGUCCUUUAGUGUGUCAUCAUCAGACUUCCAGGACUUUUUUCCACUUGCCUGUAUAUUGAAUGUGAAUGUGAGUUUUGCUACUGUUGUUGGUGACAUAUUGGUCAUGUGACCUCUCAGAUGUUGCAUCAUCCUGUUUGAACAGGGAGUAAAAGUGAGUCAGAACAUAUGUGACAUCAAAGUGAUUCAUCUCUCAGUUCGCUGGUCAUAUAAUGUGAAGAACAGCACUGCUAACAGAUGGUGUACAUCGUGUUCCUGUAUAUAAACCUGAGCGUCUCUGUGUCUCAGACUGAAGUGAAUGUGUUUUGUUUCAUGACAAACAUCAAAGCGUGUCUGAAGCCUUGAAGAGUUUGUGUGACAAACAAGAGGAAGUUGAAACAGUUGUUUCUUCACAUCCUUCCUCCUCUCCCUCUGGUUGUUGUGUAAAACACAGAAUACACAUUAUAUAUAUUAUCAUAUUAUUACAUCAUCUUAUAUUAUAGUAUUAUAUUAUAAAUAAGUCUCUGGAGGUCUGAAGGGAGCUCCAGUAAUCUUACCGACUAUGACAACCAAAUCACAAAUAACAGAAGAAGAAAAGAGACUCACUGAAAGAAGAGUAAAAACAACACUUUGCAGCUUCCUGAAAAACAACUGUUGAUUUAUGUUUUUAAAUGUAAGUCCAGAUACUGGAUCAGCCGUAAUCCCACGCGGUCUUGGCCACUUUACAUUAUUUGGUCCUAUGAAUAAAAGAGGUGAGUUUAAGGAGUCCUGAGGGUUCCAUUAAUCCGGACCCUGUGAGACCUGUUGGUUAAGAAGUCAGGAAGCUAACAUGCUGCACUAAAGUCCAUAUUUAAAUCUGACAAACCCAGAGGAGCCGCAUGAGAUCAAUGAGAUCCCUUAUGGUUCCAUAACACCGGUCCUUGAUGGACAGGUGACGUACUGGGAGACAUGAACCAGGAGUAAACUGGGUGAACGGGGACACAGACACUGUCAGCGCUUGUUGAGUUCAAAACCUCUCGCAGAACUGUGGAAGGCCGCAUAUCUCCCGCUACCAGCUAUCUUUCUACAGCAGAGUCGUACCAAAAAGCAGCUGGAUCCGGUUUACACUCAAAAACAAUGUCCUUUAUGUGUCCAAAAGAUUCAAAGUCCAGCAUCAGCUCAGCGAUUGGCUGUAAUCGUACUUCCCCUCCACGCUUCGGACAGUAUUCGCUCAGUGUGUGGCUGGAAUCCUCUGGACUCCUCCUACGCCCUCCUGACCCGCUUGGUCAUCUGUCCAGCGGACCACCUCCUGUUUCCUCUGGUUGCAGCCUCUCUGCUUACUCAUCUUAUCACCAUAUAUGGUCGUGGCCAUUCCUGUAGGGCCUGUUCUCAAGAAUUCCUCUCUCUCCCUGUCUCUGCCUCAUGGCUCAGAACAUUUAGUAACUAUACUUUUAGUUUAAUACAUUCAAUGAUUAUGUUUUAAGACCUCUACAAGUAAACCUAUUGCAGACAUAUAAUAUCCUCUGUAGGUAAAUAUACUGUAAACAUAUAAUACAUUCCAUAAGUAAAUAAACUGUGACGUCUAACAUAUUUUGACCUUUAAUACAUUGUGACCUUUAUAUUCACCACUAGGGGCGCCAUUAAUCAUACUAAGAAUGCUUCUAAUACUUAAAUUCCUCACACGCUGCACAGGUUAGACGAGGGUUUCUGUUUUAUCUUCAUUUAACUUGUUGGUCUUGACUCUGGACUUGUUGGUCUUGACUCUAGACUUGUUGGUCUUGACUCUAGACUUGUUGGU